AAUCCUCGGAUAUCUGUACUUAGUAUUUAGGUUUUAUCAUUGUUUAAUUUAGGGAUUAAGUUUUAAUUGUCGAUAACAAGUUGCAGGAAUUUUCCAGUGGAAUAAAGUAGGACAUAAAGGGCAUUUCUUUUGUUACUCCUUUCGUACUACAGUCCCAUACAUAGCCUAUUACUGCAGGGAUCCAAACCAAGGUCUAAACGGACAGAGAGGCCAACUUUUAUAGAAAAUACUACACUUCCAUUAAAGUUGCAUAAUCAAAGUUGAGAAGAUGCCGUUAGAAGACAAACCAAACAGUGGCACUGGACCUUCCAGUUCGGACCAGGACCAGAGCUCGGACCCUGCACAGGCCCAACCAGAAGAGGGGACCCAAGAGAUGGAGAUCCAAACUUCGGACUCAGAUCCUCUGGAAUCAUCGGGAGAAGGGGAGAUCCUGAGAAAGAGACAAAGACAGCAAUCGCCGGCGCCUGGUUCUUCCACAUCCACAGGCAGGCCUCAUGGAAGUUUUGCUGGGAUUGAAGCCUCUCCUCAUAAAAACAAGACUUUUGAAGAACUGAUCACAGCUGCUGGUCUCGUUUCCAACAUGGCCCUCGCCCAUGAAAUCGUAGUCGAUGGGAACUUCAAAUUGUCGCCUCGAGAAAUGCCAGAGAAUUCAAUUGAGAAGCAGGUGCAUAAGGUUGUCCAUCAGGCAUUCUGGGAUAGCCUGGGCGCCCAACUUUCCGACGACCCGCCAUCGUAUACGCAUGCUGUCACCCUCAUAGGAGAGAUCAAAACGAUUCUGCUGUCACUGCUUCUUCCGCACAAUGACAAGAUCAAAACUCAAAUUCUCGAGGUCAUGGACCUCACCCUCAUUCAGCAACAAGCUGACCACCAGGCCCUCGAUGUCGGUAAGCUGACGGCCUUUGUAGUCCAGGUGAUGUCCAAGCUCUGUGCUCCAGUCAGGGAUGAAGAGAUUGCCAAAUUGGCCACCCUGACUGAACCGGUCGAGAUCUUCAGGGAGAUCUUCCGAGUCCUGGAGCUCAUGAAGCUAGACAUGGCAAACUUCACCAUUCAGAGCCUACGACCACACCUGCAACAGAAGUCCAUCGAGUACGAGAGAAACAAGUUCCAGGAAUUCCUCAAAACCCAACAAGAUGGCCUACAGUAUACGAGUGAAUGGUUAGAACAAGCAAGAGAGAAUCUAGCAGAUAAGGUCAAGAAACAAGAGGCGUUGCAGCAACAGCAACAACAAGCAUCUUCAUCUAGCGAAGGGGCCUGUAGCAAUGGGCCAGUGCCAAGCUCCGUCAUCUCACCGGCAGCCAUUUUGAAUCAUGCUUAUGUCGAUCUGCUGAAUGCUGACCCCAGAGAAGCCAUGACCUUUCCAGAGACCAUCCUGAUGGACCAGGGACGUUUCUAUGAGCUUGGGUCACAGGUCAGGAAACUUGUCCUGGUGGGCUCCGUCCUUCUAGUGACCUACACCAAUACCGGUAACAUGUUAGCAGGCAUCCAGGGCUUCCCUAGUCAACUCAAACACAACCUCUUUGUCCUGUUAGACGGUGCAAGUGACUUCAAUGCUGUGAUUGACAACCUAGCAGUUCAAGUAACCAAAGAAGUGAAUGAGUGCUUGAAAACUCAUGGAUUUCCCGAGUUUGAUGAGCUGAGGAUAGAAGCAUUAAAGAGUCAGAUUAGAUCACUAGCUCUCAAAGAUAACCACAUACACAGUAUUCUAGAUUUGAGACUCAGGGGAUUCCUUGUAUCCGCCAUUGCAGCACCCUCUAAGUUUGACCCUUCUGCCAACAUUCCACCCGGCUUGACCACCAUGCAGAGUCAGGUGGUCGAAACAGCCAAAGCCUUCGUCCGACUAGUCGUCCACAACCGAGCCGUCUUUGGACCCUUCUACGCUGAAAUACUCACAAAGAUGGUCAAGCCUCCGGUCACAGAGUAAAAGGACAUGGAGGAAACAGAUAGUUGGAAGGAGGAAUAUAUGAUGAAAGAAAAAGAAAAGGAAAGCUAAACAAGCUUGCCCUUAUAUAAAUAGAGUAUAAAUAGAACAGCAUAUGAUGGUAGAUCCUUGGACCAUUUUGUUGUUGAAUAAAUGUCCCGGGUCAUGCAGGCUGAGUAGGGAACAUGAAGAAGGAAAGAUUGGAGGGAGGGUGAAAGAGAGGACGACUGACAGUUGAGGAAGAGUUGGUGAAAGACAAGGAGAUUAAAAUUGUAAUGGUAUCCCCCUGUAAAAUGAUAAAGAGGACAGCAUUAGAAUAUUUCAGGCCAUUCUGUGCUGGGAUAAUUUCUGAAAUGGUAUAGUCUCCAAGUGAUGGAUCUUCUUCUUAUCGAGUCGCUACCCAAGUCCCGUCCAGUGCUCCACGCAGGCUCUGGCACGGCAAUUCACAGCUUCCAGGUUGUCUUGGGUGCAUGGCUCUGGCAGAAGUGGACAGACUAGCAGGUGUUCCAUUGUCUGUUCCUGGCUGCAUUCACAUGUUGUUUGUUCGUCUCCGAAACCCCACCUCUGCAUUAGGACUCUGCAUCGUAGCCGUUGAGGCUCAGCCAAGAAGGCCAAGUCUCGCUGGAGCCAGAUGUGAGGGAUUCUUUCGGGCUGAGCGAGAGUUUAUGUAGAGUGGUCUGGAGGUGGUUAGACCACAAAGUCAUCCUUUGGUUGUGAGGGCUGGUAUUAAGGGGCUCUCCAGUAUCCAGGAAGCUGUGUCUGGAUUUUUGUCGCUUGUCCACUGGCUUUUGUUGAAAGACUAUAGGCCUGUCUUCAUCAGCUCGAGAUUGCCAAAUAUCCCGCUAUUUGAACUAUCUCGAUCGCAAAUUAUCCAGUUAAUUUGCGUCUUCAUCAGCCC